AUGGGACUAGCUUCUAUUUAUGAGGAAGAUAUUACAUCUUUUUAUACUCGGAAAAUUGAAGAAGCAGAACUACAGAUUAAUGAAAAGACCCAGAAUUUAAGAAGACUUGAGGCUCAGCGUAAUGAAUUGAAUGCGAAGGUGCGUUUAUUGCGUGAAGAACUUCAACUUCUUCAAGAGCCUGCAUCUUAUGUUGGAGAAGUUAUUAAAACAAUGGGUAAGAAGAAGGUUCUUGUAAAAUGUCAACCAGAAGGGAAAUAUGUCGUAGAUAUUGCAGAUGGAAUAGAUAUUAAAAAGCUUACAGCAGGUCUUCGGGUAUCACUUUUAUCAAGUUCUUAUACUCUUAACUCUAUACUUCCAAGCAAGGUUGAUCCUCUUGUAUCUUUAAUGAUGGUAGAAAAGGUGCCAGAUAGUACUUAUGAAAUGAUUGGUGGUUUGGAUCAGCAAAUUAAGGAAAUUAAAGAAGUAAUUGAACUUCCUGUCAAGCAUCCUGAGCUUUUUGAGUCUCUUGGGAUUGCACAGCCUAAAGGUGUUUUAUUGUAUGGUCCUCCUGGUACAGGAAAGACGUUACUUGCUAGAGCUGUAGCACAUCAUACCGAUAGUAAAUUUAUUAGGGUUAGUGGUUCAGAGCUUGUUCAAAAAUAUAUUGGUGAAGGGAGUCGUAUGGUAAGAGAGUUAUUUCUUAUGGCAAGAGAGCAUGCUCCAUCUAUUAUUUUUAUGGAUGAGAUUGAUUCCAUUGGAUCUACAAGAAGUGAAGGUGGUAAUCGAGGCAGUGAUUCGGAGGUUAUUAUGGCGACAAAUAGGAUUGAUAUUCUUGAUCCUGCAUUGCUUCGUCCUGGUAGAAUUGACCGGAAAAUUGAAUUUCCUCCUCCUACAUUGAAGGCUAGAGCAGAUAUAUUAAGAAUUCAUUCAAGGUCGAUGAAUUUAACUCGCGGUAUCAAUUUGCAAAAAAUAGCAGAAAAAAUGAAUGGUUUUUCUGGGGCAGAAGUAAAAGGCGUAUGUACAGAAGCAGGAUUAUACGCCUUGCGUGAGCGAAGGAUAUUUGUACGAGAAGAGGAUUUCGAGCUUGCUGUAUCUAAAGUAAUGAACAAAGCGGGUAUAUCGGAUGUUAGUUUAUCAAAACUCUUUAAAUAA